AUGGCCAUUUUCACUGAUGUUGCGUUUCAUUUUGAAGUUCCAGGUGGUGGCCUAGCGUUUGAUCUAGGCUUUAUUGUGGACGGAUCAAAAGUAAUAGAUGAACAAGGCACUGGGAAUUUUAGGAAAUGCUUGGAAUUUGUUAAAGAGAUUUUAAGGAUAUUCCCAGUCACCACUGACGGAAUACAUGCAGGACUGGUAACAUAUGGGGAGGAUUCGCAAGUUCAUUUUAAUUUUGACACGGACAUAAAACAACUUAACAUUGAAGCUAGUAUUGACUCAAUAACAUAUCCCGGGGGAGAAUCGCAGACAGGAAAUGCGCUUUACACAGCAAUGACAAAACUGUUUCCUCACAGUGGUCGACAGAACGUUGCGCAUGUGUUAAUUGUUAUCACUGGAAGUGAUUCCAAAGAUGAAGUAGAACCUGCUGCACAAGAGUUAAGAGCCGGUGGAGUAAGGUUAUUUUGCGUUGGCGUUGGUGGGAGAUAUGAUGAAUCUCAGCUAGAAGUGAUUGCAAACUCGCCUUCGGAUACUUACGUCGUUACCUCGGAAUUUAACAGUUUGAUGAAUGUGGUUCUUGUUCUUGUACCUCGAAUCUUAGCUGGUGAGUUUCUACAUAUUUUAAAAAGUUGAUACUACAUUUGUUUCUGAUGAUGUUGAUGACGAUGAUGAUGAUGAUGAUGAUGAUGAUGAUGAUGGUGACGAUGUCGAUGCCGAUGGUGAUGAUGAAGAGGAGGAGGGGGAGGAGGAGAAUUGAAACAAUUUUUGAUGAUCUUUCUCAAAUGCUCAAAACUAAAUUGUAAAAUGUCACUCCCAAAUGGUUGAUAAUGAGGUGUACGCACUAAAAUCAUGAUAUGUUAAAACAGGAGCCCAUAUCCCUUGUCAUUGUAGUCUCUUGGGUUGUGUUUAUACUAAGUCCUUUGAUCAGUUAGUUAACUAUUUCUUGGUGACAAAAAAUAGACUGAAAAUCCAGUUUUGGAAAAUAUGUCGGUCUUGAAUGUUCUAAAACAUUUCUUUUGAUUUAAGUUCUUGAUGAAUCUGCUGGAAAGCCAACACCGACGCCAUCGCAGAGCCUGCUGUCACAAGGAGGAAUUGUUGGUAAGAGUUCGCCAGUUAAAUAGUCUUCACAGGCCAAUUAAUCAGUUUUAACGCAGUGUUUAUAGGUCAAGCAUAAUUUAACCUUUUCAAAAUUAAAUUCUCAGAAUUAUUCAUAUAUUGCUGUUUCAGAGUCUAAGAUAGACCUUGGCUUUUUGAUAGACGGAACAGACACAGUAGGAGCGGAGAACUAUCGUUUGGCUUUGGACUAUAUGAAAAGCAUAUAUAGAGCAUUCUGGACUCAGUUUAGCAGUAUUCACCUUGGACUCGUGGUCUUCGGCGAGACAGCGAGAUUAAUUUUUGAUUUUGAUAAUAAAUAUGAUGAUAAAACUGAAACAAAUAAGGCCAUCGAUAGUGCCUCAUUCCCAGGAGGAAAAACUGCCUCAAUUGGGGAAGCUCUAAUUUCAGCUAAGACUCAUCUCUUUGGUAUCAAACACCAUGAUUCCUACAAGCGAAUUCUAGUUCUUAUCACUGGAAGUACUUCAACAGAUGAUAUUUUCACUGGAGCUGAGAUGCUCAAGGCCAAUAAUGUUAAUGUGUUCUGCGUUGGCGUAGGAAAUCAAUAUGACGAAGCACAGCUCGAUGGAAUAGCUUCUGAGCCAAGUUCGAAUAAUAUUUUGACAGUACCCAGUUAUUCCAACCUUCCAUCGCUCACUCAAACUCUUAUCGAUAAAAUCGAGGAAGGUAGGAUCACUUAGGCAUAAAAUACGUUAAUAUAGCGGAACCCCGCCUUACGGCCACCUCGGUAAUACGGUCACCUAGUUAUUACGGCCACAUUUUUUUGGCCGCCCGGCAAAAACGAUCAUACAUUUUCUUGUAAAGAAACAUGGUUAAUACGGUCACCUCGUUAUUACGGCCAAAUGUUUUUGGCCCAUUGGAGACCGUAUUAAGGGGGUUCCACUGUAUCAGGGAGCUUAAGCAGCAACGUUUUUGAGCGACGCACGUCAACCGGAAGUGGCCUUUUUUCAAAUUUUGACGGUGGUUUCGCGCAAAUUUUCAGUCAAAUCGCCUCUAUAACAGUAAAGAAGCUAAGGAAUACAAAUUUUAUAUCAUCAAGGCAUGUUAAGAGGGAAAAUACCUCACUUCCGGUUGACGUGCGUCGCUCAAAAACGUCGCUGCUUAAGCUCCCUAUUGUUUAUGGUCUAGAACGUGAAAUUCGACAUCGAAUGGGAGAGGGAGGCCACGAAACUUAGGAAUUAGGCUAUUACAGUGGAAGCACUCGUAAACGGACAUCCUGGCGACGAGAAAAAGGUGUCCGUAUCUGGAGUUGGCUGCUUACAAGAAUAGUUCUCGUAUUUUGCAGCCAGUAGAGGUGUAGGGGUAAAAUGGCCGUUUACGGGAGCUUUCUCCGGUACAAAAAAAGUACUAGGAAAUAUCUAAUUUAAAAAAAACUAAUGACACUGUCUGGCUAUUUAAAAGGGAUGAAGGUGAAGGAUAUAAAUAUCACGUUUUUUUAAUUUUUUUUAUCAAAUCAGCGCGAACAUCCUACAUCCCUCCAAAAGAGCCAAUAUUUUCAUCGGGGAGAUUUCAGCGAAAUGUUAGUCAGCCAGGACAGUCGUCCAGAAAACCAGGACUUGGACCACCGAUAAGGAUACCACCGGCUGUUAUCUCUCCUCAAUCAGGCCAGGUUCGUCCUUCUCCAACCACUACGCCCACCAAUUCAACUCCUGCGUCUUCUCUUGUCUCGCCAUCUAGACCUGUGUUUGGUGGUGGCGGUAAGAUGCCUGUCAAUGGAAUCAUGACUAGUCGACCAACUAUUGAAAGACCACCCAAAUGGCAGCCGCACGUGCCACCUCUAGUGCCUAAAGAAGGUAAUUACUACAGAAGUUCAUUAAGAGUUGCAUUGGUAAAAGCUAACGCAAUGAGCUAAGUUAAAAGGUUUAGGAAAAAGUUACCUCAUUUUGCCUGGCUUCAUCAAAUCUUCUAUACCAGGUACACUACACCUUGGCGCAAAAAUUGAGUUUUGGAAGUGGUGACAAAAAUUUUAUUUUUGGUGGCGACACUUAUUCCCGUUAGCAAUAUAGAGUUAAAGAACUGUACUCUCGGUUUAUGUGUGGCUUAAUCUUGAUCUACAGAUGAGAAGCUUGACCUUGUUUUCUUACUGGAUGGACCAGCUAGCAUGCCGAAUAAUGGAUUUCAAGCUGUAAAAAUAUUUAUCAAGAAAAUAUACAGUAACUUUCCAAUUGGAGAAGAUGCAACUCAUAUUGGUCUAGUGUUAUCUGGAAAAGCCUCGCCUGUUGUCUUGAACCUCACGGAUAACAAAGGCGCACAAAGUGUUAACACAAAGGUUCUUUCUACAACCAGUCCAAGUUUUGAGGAGAACGCUUUGGGUAAAGGCCUGAUAGCUACUAAGGAAAACGUGUUUGACAUUAGUGCCCGACCAGGAGGGCGCCAAGUAUUAAUGGUCCUUGCGGCGGGGAAAUCAGACGAUGAUACCAAAAUGCCUUCACGUGUGUUAAGAGAUAAAGGUGUGAAUAUUUUCGCUGUUGGAAUAGGUAACAACGUGGAUGUGAAUCAACUACGAGACAUUGUAACUUUACCAGAAGAGGAGCACUUAACACAAUCCACAGUAGAGAAUUUAGAUAAGCUACUCAGUCCAAUGGUGCAGAAUAUAAGGAAAGGUAGGUGUGACCAACAGGCUCAUUUAGCUUCUUAUAGUUGAUUAAUUAUGACAGAAAUAGGUGGCGAGACGGGGGAAAUUAGCCUGUAGGCUGGCGUUAUUUUUUCCCGUUUUUCUGGCGAACGAAGCACGAAGAGGGCGUAGAACGCUAGACACUUGCAACGGAAGGAAAGGGCCUUCCCACGUCGUGAGGGUCUCGCGCUCCUCACUCAAGCUCGCCUCGCACUUGUCUUAGCUCGCGAACUACCGCCGUUUCUCUUAGGUGGCAACCUUAAAAAUCUGCUUGCUGUUCCUUUUCUCCUUGUUUUUCCGAAUUUGCUUUCUUACUGAUGCUUGGAUCUAAGACAAAAAAGAUGAACUUAUUUUCUUUGGUUGACUAAAUAUUUCAGAUCAAUGCCUGUUACAACACACAUGUCCAUUACACGAGUAAUAUUUUCUAACUUAUCAUUGUUAAAGUAUUUAAGAUUUUUAGAAUUGUGAAUUCUACCUUAGAAGGCGUGAUUGCUCCAUUUUUUUCUUCUUUAAUUUCCGUCGAUCAAAGUGGCAAACGUGUCAUGUUUUGUUUUGGCUGGCUUUGUUUUUGUUUUGUUAUUUUGUUUUUUUGGUUCUGCUGUUGGUGCUGUUUCGCGGGUAAUAGUAGUGCCUUUUCUUGUUUUAGUUCUUGCUGAGUCUGUGGUUCCUUUCGGACCGGCAGGUAAGGGUUUUGUUUUAUGUUCCUUUAGAUAGUCUCUUACGUUUUAUUAUUAAAAAAAAUCCCGAUGCUUUGCACUGAUUGAAACUGUUCAGUCAUUGCAGAAUUAGGCUGUCUUAGGAAUCUGCCAAAAUGCUCUACUCACUGAAGGAACGCAUGGGACUGAAAUAUCAUUUGAAGUUGUAAUUAUAUACUUAAGUGGAAUUAUAAGUAUCAAGAAUACGGGAAACAUUUAUUCAAAACAUUUUCCAGCCAUAUUGUAUUUUAUUGCAACCAUAUUAAUGCGACCAGUCAUUAUCAUCAAAGAAAUAUUUUAUUAUAUCUUAUUAUAUAUUUUUACAUUUCUUAAGGUCUCAAAAUGGAUCUUGGAUUUCUCCUAGAUGUCAGUUUAAAAAAUCUGAGACAUGAUCAGUUCCAGAAUAUAUUGAACUCUGUUAAGUCAAUUUAUUCUUCUUUUGAAAUUGGCGAAGACAAAACCAGAGUCGGAGUAGUGACAUACAGCACUCGUCCACGAAUAGCAGUUUCGCUAGACCAAUAUACCACCAGACAAUCUCUUGACACUGCAAUUGAUCGGAUAGUAGUGUCUCCUGGGCAAAGCGCGUUAGGAAAGGGCUUGUCAGCUGUACAAAAUGAGCUUUUUAAACGAAAAACACGUUCAGAGACUCCCAAAGUACUUGUUGUAGUGACCGCGGGAACAUCUAUAGAUGACUUGGUAAAACCAUCAGCAGAGCUAAAGAGACUUAAUAUAACGAUCUUUUGCGUUGGAGUAGAAGCUAACGUGAACAGAAAUCAGCUCAAUAUCGUAGCUUCUUCCCCUGUGAAGGAUCACGUGAUGGUGGGAAGUGUAUCGUACCGAGAAACUGCAGGAGAAAAUUUGGCUUCAAGGAUAAAAAAAGGUACGUAAUGUUAACUUCGCCUUCCUCGGGGUAAGGUGAAAAACAGAGUACAGCUUAUUCUCUAUUCGUUCAAUUAUACUGAUACGGAAUGGGCAAAUGUCAAUAAAUCGUCACAUACGCACAUGAAAAUUUGCUGAGAAAUACUUUGAAGAGAAGGCGAUCCUAAAGUUUGCGUAUUUUGGCGCCCAUCGCAGCUGGCGAGUCACGUAGUCGUUUCUAAAAAGUCUGAUUAGCCUGAAUUAUGGAUGAAUAAGUUUUGGGUUCCUAAAUUUUAGUGAUGAAAACUACAUAUCGAUUCUAAAUACUACAGACAAACACAAACUGGACAGGAACAAAUGAAUUAACAUGAUAAAAGAACGAGCAAGGAAAAACAAGCUAACGGAACAAACACGGUGACAGGUCUCUAAAGAUCAAGAAGUUAAAAAAAAUUGAAAGCUGAUUACGAUAAGGUGUUUAAUUUUACCUUCAGCUGUCCAGGUAGACCUUGGCUUCCUGGUAGAUGGUUCAAGGAAUGCAUUGGAGUCAGACUUUAAGCAAAGCCUGGAUACUGUGAAGUACAUCUACAGCACUUUUCCCAUUUCACAAGAAGACGUCCAUGUGGCGCUCGGUAUUAUUUCCGGUAGUCCUGAAAUCAUUUUCAGUUUUGAUAAAUACUUUGAUAAGCAGAGCCUUGACAUGUCUAUUAGCAGCGUCGAAUUUCCGGGGACUUCACAAAAUUCAAACAUUGGUCAAAGCCUCACACUUGUCAAAGAAAUGUUAUAUAGUAGCAGUUCAAGGAAGGCGGUCAGACAGAUCCUGGUGAUAUUGGUACACGGCGAAUCAAAUGAUAGCCUCUCUGAUCCUGUUAGGCGACUUAGAGACAGUGGGGUAGAAAUCUUUUGUCUUGGCGUUGGAAAAAAAAUUAACGUGAGUGAGCUCGCUGAGAUAGCUUCAACACCCACAGAAAAUCAUGUAGUGAUGGAUAACAUUAUCGACCUGCCAAGAGGAGCUCGGGACCUUGUAGACAAAUUGCAGAUUGCUAAGGUUCAACAAGGUACGUUAUCAAAUGAAAGGAAACGUCUACUCAAGAAUAUUCUUUUCAUGAUUAUUAUAAUGUUCCAAUAUGUAGACAAGGAUGAUUGGGUUCUUUGGGUUCAUCAGUUAUGCUGAACAACUGAAAACUAAAGCUCAUACAUUAGAAUAAAAUGUUUUACAGUUUACUUUUCAUUAGUUUGCUUUUAGCAAAACGAAUCUAUCAAUUUUACUGCGACCGCAAAGUUCAGACAUUUAUUCCUGCGCUUUCUGAUACUUGAUUUCUCUUUCUUUCCAAUUUGCAUGUAUUUUGAUAAUUACAGAGCCUUUUAAUUUACUUUUGCUACAUCAUAUUUAUAUAGUAAGUUAUUUUAUUUUGUCAGUAGAUGGAGGGCGAGUUCCUGUUCAGCAGCAGUUGAAUAAGCAACCUAGAGGGGGUAAGAAAAAUGUUUGAUAUAUAGAUGGUUUGAUUCAGAACAUAAAGUUUUUCACUCGCUUUUUCCAGAAAACAUAACAUAAAUAUUUUGCUACCUGGAAAUUUAACAGCACGAGUUCUGAUCUUCUAAUCGAGGUCAAAUGACAUCUUUAAUGAAGGCGUUUCCCGCCAAAAGUCUAGCCUCUGAGUUGGCUGCAUACCCACCAUGAAUAUUUACCGCCACCUCUUUUAAUAUGGUAAAAUAUAAUUAACAAUCUUCAAAAAUUACUUCACCUUUGAAGCGUGGUUAUUGUAAAACUCAGCUGUGUACACGGGACAUCGUUCACUCAAUAUGGCGAUACGCGUUAUAGCAAUACCAGUAAUAAGUCGAAGCAGAUCGACAAUGAAUUACUUUUCUUUCAGCUGCUAUUGAUCUCGUAGUACUUGUGGAGAGAAGCAAAAAUACAAAACCUGAAGACUUUGAACGGAUAAAAGAAAUAGUACGAUCAACUUAUCAUAAUUUCCGAGUUUCACAGAAUGGUGUCCAUGUAGCAGUGGCAUUCUUUGGAGUAGAAACACAAAUUGUCUUCAACUUAAACACACAUGACGAUCCUCAGGAGAUGGAUAUUAACGUUAAUAACGUAGCUUACCUUUCUGGUCCAAGCAUGGCAGGAAACGCCUUCCGCGACAUUAAAACCCAAAUCUUCGACCCAAAUUCGCGCCAGACCGUUCCUCGUGUGGUUCUUACUAUAAUGACCGGGACGCCUAGUGAUGAGAUUGAAAGAGCAGUAAAUGAACUAAAAAAAGAUUGCACCUUGAUGUUUGCUUUGGGUCUCACCACCACCUUUAGUCCGCAAACUUUGAAUGUCGCUUCCGGUGAGCCUCGUUCGGAGUACUCGCUUAUCAGUGAAACAUUUCCGGAGGCUAACAUGGUCGCUCAGAAAAUGGCAGAUAAAAUCAAGAAAGGUGGGUAUCACUAUAUAUAUGUUCAUUUGCAACUUUUUUUUUCAUAGGUACAAUGUCUAACCAGUAAGUACGAGUGCAUACUUACAUAUGCCCAUAUCAUUAGCUAGUUCACCUUUUGCUGGCCAUUUUCACUCACGCUUAUAUAUCAUGCUUUUUUUGUUAGUUUGUUUGUUUUCGGAAGUGUCUUAUGAUAUUCAGGCGUUUUAAAUUUUACUUCCUAUGAUUAUACUCGGUUUUUAAUUUGACUGCUUCGACACUCCCAGAUAUUAAAAAACUUUUUAGGAUGGUAUUAAUUCCAAGGCGCUCCUUUCUUAUCGAGUUAACUCGUAAAGAAAUUUAAAUUCUGAUUACAUGAGUCUUGCUGUCCGGGUUUGCCCCUUUGCCGAGAGCCCGAUACGUUAGUUAGAUGCAAAAAUAAUCAAAUUUUUGAUCACAUGGCAACACAACCCAGCUCAGCAGACCGGGCCAAACUUUAGAACUCACUAAGUUAUUAUCUCAAGGUUGGCUUUAAUAAUUUUUGUACGUUUUCUUAGUUGUCUCUAUAGAAAAAUCUCGUUCUCCCCGCUGCGCUCAGCUAGGAGGUAAGAACACUCUGUGAUAUGAAUAUACCACUGAAUCGAUAUCAUUCAUUCCGUAUUGUCUUUUUGCGGGCCCCUGUAUUCUCAGAGAGUGCGAUUUGACAGAUGCAAGGAUGCAUUAUUAUAUUCCUACAGAUUCAAAGUUGGAUAUAGCCUUCAUUGUAAGCGAUUGCCAAACAACUGCCAAAGAUAGCUUUCAACAACAGCUGGAUUUCGUUAGUGACCUACAUAAGUCUCUGGCAUUGGCUCCUGACAAAAAUCGUGUUGCCAUUAUCUCAGUCGCCAAUGGUGCCCAAAUUCUUCAACCGUUAACAAGUGCUCCAUCAGACCCAAGCGCCGUAAUGUCAGCAUAUAUUAACCAGCCUACCGCCGAUUGCAUGUUUGGAAAGGGGCUGGAAACCGCACGCUCAAUUUUUGAAGCAACCGGUGUUAGAGGAUUUUUGCAAAUAUUAGUGGUUCUUUUAGCUGGGAAGUCGAUUGAUGAUAUUUCAAAGCCUUCUCAGAAUCUUCACGAGGCGGGCGUGCUAGUAUACACAGUUGAUCUUAGUAAUACGCAGCCAACAAGGAAGUCUGAUGUAAUUAAAAUGGUUGUUACAGAUCCUGCGUCUGAAUUUUUUAUAUCAACUCCCGGAUUCCCCAUCCCUGGGUCUACUAGGAAAGCUCUAUUAGAAAAGUUAACAAGCGGUAUGUCAAAAAAAUUUUAUUUAAAAGUACUUUCCUCAUAUUAUCUGCAUCUUUUUCCUGCACUAGGUGUUGUUUAAUUCUUUUCUGUGAUAACUUUGAAAAUCGUUUUUAGCUUGAGGCUUGGUGGUUGUGUUGUUGUGUUUAUUCACGAAAAAGAAAACUGGCAGUGUUUUUCCCGCCUUCCGUCACGCCACUUUCCACCAUACUUUGAUCACGUGCUGUAAUGUAUUCCGAGCGGGGUACAUUGCUUAAUGUAUCACGAUCGGGAUACAUUUGAUUUUAGUCAAGGCCACGUGACCAAGAAUCAACCAAUGGCAGUCCCUGUCUAGUUGAGUGAAGGUCUAGGAACAUAACAAUAGUUGAUGACAUUUAACUUACCUAUGGAACAUUGCUUACCUAUGGAACAUUGCUCUUCGAAAGCAGUUGUUCAACAGCAGGUACUCAAGUAAAUUAAGGCAUGGGUCAAGAGCUAUUUUCGUUGAAAACUGAGGGGGUUGUCUAUUUCGUAACUAUUUACAGUAAAGCUGUAAAUUGUGUGUAACACGCGAUUUCUCAGAAAGUUAUACUAUUUAUACAACAACAUUAUGCAAAUUAGGUCACGUGAACUCUUAUGGCCACGAAGUCCCAAACACUCUUUAAGCAAAAAUGGCACUGAGCAGUUUAAAUUCAAAGUUAUUCAAUUUAAUUGCUACAACACAACUUACAAUAUAGAAAACUACAAAACUAUGCUUGGCAACAUUUGAAUGUGUAAUUACUUUUGUAGAUAAACGGUUUUUUUUUUAACACCAGUACCCAGUCCCCCAUUACAAGUAAUUCCUCUAAUCGAACCUUUCCUUUGCAAUAUCUUAACAUUGCCAAACACAGAAAUGAUAAACCUAAAGGCCUUAAAAUUAUGCAACUAGUCUAGUUGUCUAGCACUUCUUUUUAUUAAUUAUUCAGUCAGUUAUGUAUUUAUUUACAUGUAAAUGCUGUUUUGUUUUGUUUUUGUUUUUGUUUUUAUGCAAACGAUAGUCAUCCAAAUCAGCAAAGAGCUGGUUUGUUCUCCGUCAACGAAAGGAUGUAACAAUAACAACACCAGCGGUUAGUAUCCUGAUAAAUCAAAUUGCAAUCCGCUUAAUAUAACUGGAUUUUUCGCGAGGUUGCAGUUAGUCUGCUUCACUGCCGUUUUUCGUAUUGUCACGCCAUGCUCCUCCCAAAGAACGACUUUGUAGCAGACUAGGUUGCAGUUUGUAGUUUGAAUUCUGUAUUUUCUUAUAUCAGCAAUUCUCUCAGAUGCUAGAAAUUCUGUGGUAACUAGAGUGUUAAGAGAAUUGCAUAGUGCGUUCGAAUUGUAUUCACAUUGCUAAGCUAGUCAGUUAUGUCUAGCAGCGAUCACUAUGUAAUAGUUUAAAGCUGAAGUUAAGUUCAUUUUUGUUUUCGCCCGCAGGACUGCAACCAUCCCAGGUUCAACCACAAAAUACUAGCAAACCUUCGUCAAGCGUCUCACCAGUGGGCAGCAGCAUACAAGGCGGAAACCACUCCAGAAUGGCUGCUAUUGAUUUAGUAUUCUUGGUUGAGGGCUCUGAUGCAGUGAAUGACUCUCUUUUCAGCACAAUGUUUGAUAUUGUGAAAGACAUUUUAACUCGGUUUCCAGUAUCAAUAAACAGGACACACGUGGCAGUAGCAGUUUACGCUGCAGAAACAAAGAUAGUUGUAAAUUUGAAUGACAUCUACAACAGCAGUAAAAUUAAGGAGGCGUUAGACUCAGUGAAAAAACCGACUGGUCAUAACUUGGCUGGUAAAGCUCUUAAAACGGUCAAAACUGACAUCUAUGAUAAAACUGGAAGAACAGGUGCUGCGUCACGUGUUCUUUUACAUAUAAUGUGCAGUGAAUCACUUGAUGACGUCAUCCAGCCUGUUAAAGAUCUGAGGGAGGAAAGGGUAAAAAUAAUAGCUGCGGGUGCCUGUCCUGAAGUCAAGAAAGCCGAACUUUGCAACAUUGGUAGUCCACCCUUGUGUGAUAACUCAGUCUUAAUACAAACAUUCAAGCCACCCUCUUCUCCAGGCAGGGAACUGGCAGAUCGACUGAAAAAAGGUUCGUCAGCACUUUCAAGUCACAGGAAGGGCAAGAUAUAUGCCUUAUGUCAGACAUAAAUGUACCAUGUCAAAAUGCAUCUAGACCCUAUGAAUUUUUGUUCUUUGUUAGUUAUAUGCUAUCAGACUGUAACCAUCACUAAAAAUUCAUCUAAUUAACUAAUAAAUUGUUCCUGUCAAGUAGUCGAUCAUGUUAUCGUUCUAAUUAUUUUUAAUUUUUACAUAUAGGUGUUCCAGUUGAAAAUGUUACCCAGCCUUCGACAGGUGAGGUAUAUAAAUGUUCCUUUGCUUCCUUAGCAAUGCAAACUAGUAAAAACCUUAUUCCUGUCGAACAGUCAAUAAAUCAUGUUAUUGUUCUAAUUAUUCUUAAUUUUUAAAUCUAGGUGUUCUGGUAAAAAAUGUUACCCAGCCUUCGACAGGUGAGAUGUAUAAAAUGCGCAUUUUCAAGCCUUGCAAGACUAGUAAAAAUUUUAAACGGGGAGCUGUGGUUUGUAUGAAAAAAAAAAAAUGCGAAUACAAUGUGGUAUAAGCAUACGAUAUUGUCAUUAAUAUAUCAUUAUCAUCGUCUUUUCAUCAUCAUCAUUAUCAUCAUCAUCAUCAUCAUCAUCAUCAUCAUCGUUAUUAUUAUUAUUAUUAUUAUUAUUAUUAUUAUAUAUUAUUAUUAUUAUAUAUUUUUUUAUAUUGUGGAUUCUCUGGCUUAAAAUGUUUAGAUUGCCUAGUAAAUUACCCUUGGGAGCAAGCAACAAAAAGUUCCUAAAGGUCCCAAAGGAGUCCUUACAUUUGAGUCCCUAAAUAGCCAAAAAUUUCCGUAAUAUUCCAGCUUUUCCCAACAGAACCGCUUUCUGGAUCACUUCAAGUCUGAAGGUAAUUUUAAGCUUUCCCGCAUAUUUCUCAAACAUUUCGGGAACAGCUCCCAAUGCUCCAUCCACAAUUGGGACAACCUUCACUUUCUCCAGCUUCCACAACUCUCCCAUUUCUUCUGGAGGAAAUUGGAACUCCUCUAUUUCCUCCACGUCCUAGUUUUUUACUCGUGCAUCUCCAGGGACAGCGAUGUCUAUGAUCUUAGCCUCUUCACACCUACUUGUGGCCUUGUUCCCCAAAGCAUCAAGCUCUAUCUUAUAGCAUUGUGUCUCUAGGGUCCUUCUUAGCUAGCUGCGCACUUGGUCAUUUUCCAUCACUGCCCCUGGAGAAUGGUCAUACCUGGUUUCGUUGCGCUACAGAUUAAAUUCAUUGCAAAGACUUCAGUGGAAAACUUGAGAAACCUUCUCGUGUCUCCAGGUUUUAUACUGUUUUUGAGCUAAUUUCUUGCAUUUUGCAGUUAUAUAUGGCUAACAGUUUUCUCCCUUUCUCUGCACAGGCGACUCAUCGGGUGAAACAUAUCUUGCCUGUCAAUUUCAUUCUUUAACUUUAAUAUUAUUAUUAUUAUUAUUAUUAUUAUUAUUACUACUACUGUUAUUAUUGUUAUUAUCAUAAUCAACAGGACCAUUUCAACCAAACGUUCUUUGGCAUGGUUCCCCUGUACAGUCUAUGUUUCCUCUUGUGCCGGCACUCGUUCCUGUCCAUCCUCUUCAAGCACUACCUCCUGCUUCCAAUAUUUGGACCUACGAUAUUCCUAUACAGCGCGAUCCCGUGGCUCCGGAUCCAUAUACAGUACACGAUGAUUCCUACUUGUACAGCCGUGAGUAAAGAGCUUCAUUUAGUUACAAAACUAAAUGCUUUCGAAGAGUUUUUUGGGCGGACUCCACCCAAAAAACUCUUCGAAAAAACUAUAUUCCUGUUUGCACAUUUGAAAUGUGCAAACAGGAAUAUAACUUGUUUGUUUGUUUUUUUAAUAUACAUAAUUUAAAACGUCCUUAUUUCGGGUGAACCUCAUGGGAGCCAGCACACUAUUCUCUACAAAUAUAGCGGGGAAAAGCCAAAAUUUGUUGGACGGAAGAUCAGAACCAUGCGCGAGUAGAUUAGUUUUCUUAUUUCCGGGUAUUCACUCCUGUGCGAUGGCAUCACCUAAAACGAACGUGAACGAGGUCGAGAGAUUUGGAGUGCAAGUAGAUUACAAACGAGGUGAGUGAUUGGUAAUUGCUUCCAUUUUUUCUAUUUUCUAGAUGUCUUUAUUUGCUUGAGGAAGUAUUCAUCAAGGUCUCGAACCAGAGCGUGUUAGUGAUGAAUCUCGAGGAAGGCGAGAGAUUUAUUAUGUGUUCGGCAGCUCUUUUUGAUUCGCGAAUAAAUGACAAUGCUAAGAUCUCGAUCAAAUCUUCCACCAUGGAGAUAGUUCAUUCAACAGAAGUGAUGUGCCAUAAGCAAAAAACUCUGGUCUUGGCAGAAAAGAUAAGCCAGCUUUGCGUCUAAAGCAACUACGGUUCCACCAUGCAAUUAAUCAAAUUAUUCUUCGCCCAUUGAUCGUUGUGUUAAAAUCUCUGCCCGUUGAGGUAAACAAUUCAGCUGACAAUUUGACCAAAAUGUGUAUCACUCGUUGAAACUAACCCUUGGCUAACCAUUCAACUGUAAAAUCAUUUGGUAAGCGCCUGCUACGCAAGCUGUCGUCGGCUCCAAUUGUUUUUAAACCUUUAAGUCAAAAGAGAGCUUUUCGAGCACCCCAUUAAACCCGUUAAUAUCCAUGCGUCGAUAUCUCCGCACCUCAAUUCGCGAAUCGGCAAACAUUUUAGACAUAGUAGAGCAGCUAACACAUAAAAAUAGCAUAUCUUCCUCGGGAUUCAUCAUUUAACUGUUUUUGAUCUCGAUGAAAUUGUUUCCAUAUGACGAAAAUAAAGAAAUCUCAAAAAUAUAAACAAACAAUUACUGAAAACUUAGGCCUCGUUUAUCGCCCAGAUCAUCUGCUUGAACUCUGGAAAUUAGCCUGCAUAACAGGCGCUUUAUGAGCCAAGCGAGAAGCUUAGAAAUUUGUGGGCUGGAAAUUUACUACAAAGGCUUUUCCAUUUUAUACAUCCUCACUUUAUUCAUUUUCAAACUGUAUUCUCCGUAUUGUCUUCCAGCGCUGACGCCAGCACUUACUUUCAGAUGGAAACUCCUAGUUGUGCCCUAUUAUGUCUUUUUUGCACUUUUUGUCUUACGUUUUCAUUUGAAGCCUUUUCACAAUCAAUGUGAAAACAACGUAAUUUAUCCCCGUGAUCUCGAUCAGUUCAUCAUUUUUGGUACUCUGUCAGUAUCAGAGUGUGGAGCGUGGCUUCAUCCCCUCCACCCUGAUGGUUUUUUGUAUAAAAAAUCUUACUUUUAAUACUACGGGGCAUACAGAUGUUUUAUUGUUGUUUAAUAUUCAUUCUCAGCUGCCUGUGUAGAUUAUGAUCCUGCGUGUUCUGGAUAUAUUGGAAUCAAUGGGUAUUGUGAUGGUCCGGCAAUUGGCUACAGUCAUGAUUAUUUGAUGAAAAUGUGCAAAAAAAGCUGCGGUCUCUGUAAAACGUAAGUUUGAUGGUUCUCUGAUGUGCACUGAUUUAACGAAAGUAGCUUCUAAUUUAUCGCAAUCCUGAAAUGAAGUUCUCCCCGGCCUGCGCAUGCCCUCGCCACCAUUUUUGAGUUUUGAACACUGAGGAGGUGAAAUUCAUUUUCACCGUUAUUGGGUGCCAAUACUGUGUGAAAGAUAAGUUAGGUGUUAAACUGAUUCCGGUCAUUUUGGGGCGAAACAAAAUAAAAGCCCUCUAACAGAUGCCACAAUAACUCUGACGGCAAGUAUUUCAGAUUUCACCACAAUGAGCAUAACCAGCACAAGUACAAUUUGUGUGCCUUUAAAUAAAGGUUUUUCGAGCUCCCCAUCAUUUUUAUUAUAGAGUCGUUGGGAACGGUAGCAUAGCGAGAGACGAUUUCCUAAGCAUUUGUUACUUUAGAAGUAAGAAUUAAACAUGGCAGAGUUUACUAUCGCAAAGACUUCUGGGACUGUUUAUAGGGGCGGGAGAAAUUUGUCCAAUAGUUGACCACCGCGUCCUCAAAAAUGAUUCCGGACUUAAAUACGGUUUAGUUUCGUGUGUGGCGCUCGGCAGGCUAGAACAUUCCGCACCUUUGAUUAUUUCGAUUCAGUUUAUUUACAUUACUGCCUGCAUCUUUCUUUUCAUUGCAGGGAUAAAGACUACUUAUCAGAAGGGAUAUGGAUAAAGAAAACUGUUGUCCCUAAAAUAACACGUCAACAACGUAAACCAAACAGUGGCAGAAACUAG